AUGCAUCCCACACGCGCAAUUCAGCUCCUUGCCCUCGCCUCGGUCGCUCAGGCGUCAUGGUUCAACUUCAACAGAGUCGAACCCCGCGAUGGCCUUCUUAAGAGACAAUCAGGAACACCCAGCGGCGCCGACACGACAACAACUGCUGCCCAAACCACAACAUCGGCCGCUGCCGUCACUACAACAACGACAGCUGCCCCGAGUACCAGCACCACCGUCGCCGUUGUCAGUACCACCACCUCUGCCGCCGCCGCCGACCCAACCCCAUCCGCCAGUGCGCCCGCGUCUACCACAACACCGGAAGCCACACAGCCCGCCCCUACAACCCUGAGUACCAGCACCACACCCGCUGCUAGCAACAACGACGAGACCACCAGCUCGAGUACCGUGUCUUCCACCCACUUGACUACCGCCAAAGCCGUCACCUCUACCAUCAAGGUUGUCAUUACGACCACCAACUCCGCUGGUGUAGCAACCGCCAUUACCUCCGAGGCCACCGUCACGAGCACGCCCGGCCUCAAUCAGGCCAACUCUGGAGGCUCAUCAGGCAUGUCUUCGGAGACACGUAAGACUGUCAUUGGUGUUGUUGUCGGUGUCGGCGGUGCCAUUGUCCUCGGCGCCUUGGGCUUUGUCGCAUGGAGGAUUUGGGGAAAGAAAAAGCAGGCCGAGGAGAACGAUGGCCUCAUGGAGUACAACAACCAGUACGGCAACGAGCCCAAGAACGAGGUCAGCAGUGCCCAGGGAACUGGACCUGGCCGUACUCCCUUCCAGUCGACUCUCGAAAGCUACCACGCGCCGAACCAAGUCAACGCAUCAUCCAACUUCUGA